GGUUCCGCCGCCAUUUUCAUCGCCGCCAGGCCGGGCCUGGAGCCGCCGCCGCCGCCAUGGGCGCUCACCUGGGCCGGCGCUACCUGUGGGACGCCGAGGCCGAGCCCGACCCGCUGCACAUGCCCUCCUUCCCCGCCCAGCUGGGCAUGCCGGCCCGCCAGCCGCGCGUGAUGGUGGCCUCGGCGUCCCAGCUCGCGGAUGCCCGGGUGCCCCUGGAGCAGAGGGAUUUCUGUGGGCACCACCUGCUGCGGCUGCUGCGCUGCCAACGGGACAACUUCCCUGUGCCCUGGGGGUGCCACGCGCUGCGCCACGCCUGGGACAGCUGCCAGCAUGAGGACUAUGUGAUGCGCAUGAAGGAGUUUGAGCGCGAGCGGCGCCUGCGGCUGCGGCAGCAACGGCUGAGACGGCGCCACGGGGACAGCGGGGACAGCGGGGGACAGCGAGUGACACAUGGGGACACCAUGGGGACAGCGGGGGACAGCGAGGGACACACGGGGACAGCGGGGACAGCGGGGACAGCGAGUGACACAUGGGACACACGGGGACAGCGAGGGACACACGGGGACAGCGGGGACAGCGAGGGACACACGGACACAGCGGGGGGACAGCGGGGGACAGUGGAGACAACGAGUGACAGCGGGGACUUCAAGUGACACCCGACCAGCACCGAGUGACACCUGGGGACACCUGAGUGACACUGGCGACACCGAGUGACACCUGAGUGACACUGAGUGACACCUGAGUGACACCGAGUGACACCGGCAACACCGAGUGGCAUCUGGGACACCGAGUGACACCCGAGGAACCGAGUGACACCUGAGUGACACCCAGGAUGCCCAAGUGACACCGAGUGACACCUGAGUGACACCCGACUGAUAGAGUGACACCGAGUGUCACCCCGGUGAUGGUGACACAAGGCCAUCCCCCCGCACAAUAAAGCUGUCAAGUGACACCACAGUGACACCGAGUGACAUCCAGGACACCCAAGUGAUACCGAGUGACACUGGAAACACCAAGUGACAUCUGGGACACCGAGUGACACCUGAGUGACACCGAGUGACACCCAAGGAACCGAGUGACACCUGAGUGACACCCAGGACACCCAAGUGACACCGAGUGACACCCGAGUGACACCGAGUGACACCUGAGUGACACCCGAGUGACACCUGAGUGACACCCGAGUGAUACAGAGUGACAUCGAGUGACACCCCGGUGACGGUGAGGCGAGGCCACCCCCCCGCACAAUAAAGCUGUCAAGUGACACCACAGUGACACCGAGUGACAUCCAGGACACCUGAAUGACACCGAGUGACACCCUGGUGACAGUGACAACGAGGCCAGCACCCCCCCCCCCAAUAAAGCUGUCGAGUGACACCCAAGUGACACCUGAGUGACACCAAGUGACACCCCAGUGACGGUGACAAAAGGCCACCCCCCACAAUAAAGCUGUCAAGUGACA